GCGCGAAACUACCAACUCGUUUUGGCCAUGUUAUUUGCCGUCAAUGAGAUCAACUUGAACUCUCACAUUUUACCAAACACCUCUCUUGGACUUGAGAUUUAUAAUCUGCCAGAUAUUGAAAAGAACAUUUUUAGGAGUGUAUUCGCUUGGCUCACAGGUUUGAGUAAAUUGAUCCCUAAUUAUACCUGUAAAAAAGAAAGCAAAUCAGCUGCUACACUUACUGGAGUAUCAUGGAAAAUAUCUGAAACAAUUUGGACCAUAUUAGAUCUUUACAAAUUUCCUCAGCUUACUUUUGGGCCUUUUGAUCCUGUUCAGAUUGGUAGAAACCAGUUUCAAUCUCUCUACCAGGUGGCCCCCAAAGACACAGCUCUGUUGUCUGGUAUUGCCUCUUUGAUGAUUCAUUUCAACUGGAACUGGGUGGGACUCCUCAUCUCAGAUGACCACAGAGGUGCUCAGUUUCUAUCAGACUUUAGAAAGGAGCUAGACAAAACUAGAAUCUGCAUAGCUUUUGUGCAAACAGUAUUAUAUGUGGGGGAAACCCGACUUUAUUUGCUAUUCCCAAAUCAUAUCCACAUUCUAGAAUCAUCGACAGCAGAUGUGAUUGUAAUUUAUGGACCCACUUCUAUUCUAUUAACUUUAAUAGAAAGCACACAUAGAAAGUCCAACAUGAAAAAAGUUUGGGUUAUGAAUACAAAAUGGUUUUGCCCCAAUAUAGAACUAUAUAAUAUGUUAGAAUUAUCCCAUGGGGCUCUCAUUUUUUCACCCCAUUAUGAGGAGAUUGCUGGUUUCAAAAAGUUUAUGCAAGAAGCCACCCCCUUCAAGUACCCAGAAGAUAUUUUUCUUCAUAUAUUGUGGUACUGGUAUUUCGAAUGCUCAUUUUUGCAUUCUGAAUGUAAAGUAUUUAAAAACUGUCUGCAGAAUGCCUCUUUGGAAUUGUUGCCAGGGAAUAUUUUUACAAUGGCCAUGACUGAAGAGAGUUAUAAUGUGUAUAAUGCUGUGUAUGCAGUGGCCCACAGUCUGCAGGAGGAGACCCUCAGUCAAAUACAAUUUCAACCACACUCAAAUAUUGAUAGGACUCAGUUAUUCCCCUGGCAGCUUCACCCUUUUCUGAAGAAGAUUCAAGUGAAAAAUUCUGUUGGUGACCAUGUGGUUCUAGACUGGAAAAGGAAGGCAGAUCCAGAGUAUGAUAUUACCAACAUUUGGAAUUUCCCAACAGGUCUUUCACUAUUAGUGAAAGUGGGUACAUUUGUUCCCAGUGCUCCCAAAGGGGAACAAUUGUCAAUGUCUGAAUAUAUGAUUAAUUGGCCUAUAGGAUUUACAGAGACUCCUCACUCUGUAUGCAGUGAGAGCUGCAAUCCUGGAUUCAGGAAAGUUGUCCUGGAGAGCAAGCCUACCUGUUGCUUUGACUGCACUCCUUGCCCAGACAAUGAGAUUUCCAAUGAAACAGGUAUGGAUCAGUGUGUGCACUGUCCAGAAACUCAUUAUGCAAGUGCAGAGAAGAGACACUGCCUGAAGAAAACUGUAACCUUUCUGUCCUAUAAUGAUCCCUUGGGGAAGGGGAUCACUCUUCUGUCCCUUGGAUUCUCAACAUUCACAGCUCUUGUCAUUUGGAUAUUUGUAGACCACAGAGGCACUCCAAUUAUAAAGGCCAAUAAUAGAUCUCUCAGUUAUAUCCUGCUCAUCACUCUCAUCCUCUGUUUCCUCUGUCCAUUGCUCUCUAUUGGCCUUCCAAAUACAGCAAUGUGUAUAAUGCAACAGUACAUGUUUGGACUUCUGUUCACUGUGGCCCUAUCCACUGUGUUGGCCAAAACCAUCACUGUAGUUAUGGCCUUCAAGAUUACUNCUCCAGGAAGAAAGAUAAGAUGGUUGCUGACAUCACAGGUCCCUAAAUUUGUCAUUCCAGUUNGCACNCUGAUACAAGUACUUCUCUCUGGUAUAUGGCUGGGAACAUCUCCUCCAUUUAUUGACAAGGAUUAUCACUCUGAACAUGGACACAUCAUCAUUCUUUGCAGCAAGGGCUCAUAUAUUUACUUCUACUGCACUCUGGCNUACCUGGGAGUCAUGGCCUUUGGGAGUUACCUCUUGGCUUUCUUAUCCAGGAGACUGCCUGACAGAUUUAAUGAAUCUAAGUCCCUGGCUUUCAGCAUGCUUGUGUUCUGCAGUGUAUGGGUCAUGUUCCUCCCUGUAUGCCACAGCACCUCCGGGAAGGUCAUGGUGGCUAUGGAAAUGUUCUCUAUCUUGGCUUCCAGUGCAAGCAUUCUUAUCAUAGUCUUUGCUCCUAAGUGCUACAUUGUUUUGUUUAGGCCAGAAUUGAACACACUUACUCACAACAGAGAUAAAAGACACCACAGGAGCAAAACUUUACUUAAAACAUAG